UAAUUUGAACGAAGGAAGCCAUUUGAAAGCCAGCUUAGUACAUGAAAUGCUACAUAACAAGUUAGAAGUAACAAAAAGCUAUUAGAAGGAUUGUACGACAGACACUUACAGGUUUAGAAACCUUACUAAACUGGCUCCAAGUUCUAACCAAAGACAUUUCGAAGAACAAAGGCCAAAAUGUCGAGUCAGCUGAAAGCUCAGACGGAUAUCAAAAUUACAACGUCCGCCAUGCAGAGGAACUGGAAGUUGUUGAAACAGAUUCACGUGAAUGACAUCCUUGACACGAUGAUAGAAGAAUCUCUGAUAACCAUUGAUGCCAGCAGAAAUGUAUUAGGGAAGGAAACAGAGAGCCAGCAAGCGGAAGCACUCCUUUAUCUAGUAUUUCGUAAAUCACAGCCUUACCUGGACGCUUUUAUGGCGAUUCUUGCUGGCAAUGGAUACGAUUUUAUCGUCCAAAAACUUCAGGAAGAUCAGGCUGCUGAAGCUUCAAACUUAUUGGAUUCAACAUUGGAUGACCGUCGACCUAAAACAUCCGGGCAUCCAUUGCGAAGGAGUGAUAGUGGGCCUUUUUCUGUCCAACGACAGCUUAGUGAUGCCGUUCAAUCCGACAAAGAAAACUCUACCAGAAAACAAAUCAUAGACGAAUUGAAAAAUGAACUGCAACAACAACAAAUGGAAUUGAUGCAAAAACAAUUCGAAUUAUUUAAACAGCAUCAGUCAGAGGUGACAGGAAGGCAAACGCUGGAAUUGCGAAAGCACAAUACAGAUAUCAUUAAAGCAGAGUUUUCUAAACUGAAACAAAGCGAAGAUCAGCAGAAGGAAAACGAAGCCAAAAUAGAAAGGUUGGAAACACAGCUUAAAGCCUUACAGAGCAAGCUUGAACAGGAACGCACUAAAACAAAGAAAGAAACAAAAAACUUGAAUGAUAAAAUCAUAGAGCUUCAAAGGCAGAGAGAUGAAUUGAAAGUGGAGUUAACACGGGCAAAAAGAGAAUACACCGACUCACUGAAAAAAGUCAAACAAGAGAAUUUGUAUCUUCGAAACCAAAUAAGGCAUGACAAAAGUAGCCAAAACCGAGAUAACAGUAAUCAGAAGAUAAUAAAAAAUCCAUUCACCACCCCUUUGAACCCAAAGUUGGCCCAAGCACUGGAGGAUGUACGAAAUAGGAGAAGGUGAAUCGUAGGUUCCGAGAUCAACAUCAUCUAUACACAUUGUACAAUAGUUAUCAUUAAGUUAUUAAAACACAAGGAUCUUAUACCACACAACAAAAUUAUAUUUUACCACUGGUUUUUCUGUAGAUAGCUAACAUUCGUAAUCAGGAAUGUGAUGUCUUAAUUAGGUUUCAGUUUUGUUGUUCCGUUUGUUCAAUUGAUAGCUUGAUGUUUUACUUACUAGUAAUAUCGUUGGAAAGUAUAGUGUUAUAAGAAUGAAAUAUAAGAGAUGACUGACAAAUAUGGACAAUGGUGCAAGAAGAAAGAUCAUUCUGCUUUCAAAGAAUGAAUGUCAUUGGAAUUAUGAUUACAAGUUCCACAGCAUUAUAUGUGACGUUGUUUUCUAUUAAACAAUGUAGUUUUCAUUACAGACCAUACAUGGAUUAAAUACACUGUGAACUGUUGUUUGAAGUCGCUGGCGUGCUGGUCGUCGGUGAAGCGUACCUGUACUAGGGGAGACAACUUUGAUAGACCAUUAUGUAAACAAAUUGUCGACUGAAGAAAUUUUGCGGCAGUUAUGAGUCUUACUUUAAUAAAAUUGCCUUUUU